CGCCCCCCACGCGCUCAGUCAUUCAGUGAUUCAGCCGCCGUCUGAGCUGCAUGCGGAGAGCCACAGGAGCAGCCGUGAAUCAGUUUAGUUGAGUUUCCCUCUCUGUCACGCUGUCGUCCGAGGAGCUGUGCGCGCUUUUAUAUCCAGGAGCCGCGUCGAAGAGCCGUUCGGCGGGGUUUUUAGCGGUUAAAAUUUCGUAGCGGACACCCAGACAAGUUGGAGCAGGUUUGCACCUGCCCCGCGUCUGUUCAUCGUGUUUCCUACGGUUCACCUGGAGCGGACUGAACAUCAUCGUCUGCAUGAAACUGUGGCCAGAUAAAACGGGAGGACGCAGCCACGCUUCAGGGAAAGGGUCCAAAGACCAGCUCGAGUCGAGCAGUUGCCCCUCACCUGCGACGUCGUCCACACCCGGUCCCUCCAUGUCCCUCGGUAGCUUCCACCUGAUGCAGACCCUCAAGGACUCGCCGGCCGCCUUUCGGCGCCACUUCCGCCGCGACCGGACGGAGUCGCUGUCGCACGGCGACCCGCUGUUCAAAGUCAACUACCUGGGCACGGCUAAGAUCUUCUCCCUGGAGCGGGGGCAGGCCGACGAYGCCAUCACGCACCUGCUGGGCGACCGCGCCAACAAGAAGCUGGGCAAGGAGCACGCKCUGGUGGUGCGCCCGCGCUACGUGGAGGUGAAGGAGCUGAGCACGGGGCGGCAGCUGACCAAGACCUUCCUGCAGGACAUCGCGUACUGCGCCGCCGACCCCAGCCGGCCCAACGUCUUCCUGUACAUCUGCAAGCACCAGGGCCAGGAGCUGCGCUGCCGCGUGUUCUGGUGCAGCCGGGCGGAGCGCGCCCGCGACCUGACGGCCUGCCUGGCGCUCUCCUUCCAGCGGGCGCUGAGCGACCUGCAGAGCGCCACGCUGGGCGAGGGUCGGCGGGCGGACGAGCCGCGCGGCUCGCCCACSGUCGCCAAGAGCUCCACGCUGCCGGCCGGUCUGGGCAAAGUUCGCUGGAAGCGACGGACUUCCGCAUCCCGGAGCCCGCUCAAAGCCCUGACCAGGAAAGGCUCCGCCUCCGACUGCUGGAGCUGAACUUUGUUGGGAGCGAGGUUGACGACGGCACCUUUGGAGGGUGGAAGAACUUGUGGAAGGACGGAUCAAAAGGGAGGGAGGGAAUGACCGCAARACUCGAGUGACGGAGACCAAACUACGUCCUUAUWUGGACAUUUCCUGACUGGACUGAGUGAUGUCAUGAGUGAGAGUUUGGACGCUCUCCAUGAGUGGCAGAUUGAGGGCCGGCUUCUCUGGUUUAGGAGCUUCAAAGCGACAGGAACGUCUGAACAGAACGACCUGAAUGAGUGUUUGUUUGUACCGGACGGGUCAGGAUGUUUUAUGUUUUUAACUCUGUGGAGUCCGAGUGUUUGUACCUGACAUGUUGACGAUUCAUAGGAAAUACUGGGGCUUCAAACGAAAGCUUUUCUCUGCGUGUUGUGAGGUUUGCUGCUAUAAAAACAUCUCAAUGACAGGUUUGGCACCUGUGUCAUAACUCAGACCUGAGGAGGUUUUUAAUAACACAACACAUGAUGAAAGACGAGGGACACGGCUUUUUUUUUUUUUUCUUUUUGCAUUUACUUGGAAUAAGUGCCAUAUUUGUGGCUCCACAGUGGGCACAUUGUGUCCCACCCCCCCUCCCACUUGUGUGGACCCUCGGUGAGGAAUGUGCACCUGCAUUCCACCACCCGGAAACCUGAGAUCAGGAAUCUCACGUUCCUCUUCGUGUGCAGCCUCGUCUUUUUAUUAGUUUUUAAACUUUAAAAAAGAGUCUGUUACAGUUAGGAGCUGUGGAGCAGAGCGGAUCGGCGGUAGGCCCUGAGCCUGCCUUUCCCCCUCAUCUCGGGUCAAACUAAGCUAGAAACUCGUUUUUUUUUUUUUUUACAUAUGUAUAUUUACAAAAGUGGCACUUUUUUGCGUGUAUUUUCAGAUUUUAUACUCCAAUCUUGCAAAAGGCUCAACCUUUUCAAAGGUGAUAACUGUGCCUGCUUCAGGAUGUUUUUUUUUUUAUCUAUAUGUUGUCAAUUUGUACAUAUUUAUCUAAAUAUUUUAUGGACUAUUAAAAGUUUUUAUACAGCA